GCGAGCUCGCGCUGUUCCGAGGCAUUGAGUCUGGGCUGGUCAGCAGAUAAUCCUGCGGGGGAUCGUUUCGUAGUUGUGAAUGCCUGUCAUGACACUUACCCUUCCAUGAUGAUACAAAGUUGGGUUAAAUGGGAGAGAUUUUCAGAAAAUCAGGGAAUGCACACAUCAAGCAACUUUGAUAGUGCUCGAUGACGACCAGCUCCGGAGCUUCACAGCGGACCGCAGGCUCUGCGGCCAUCACGUGCCAUUACUUCGAGCGUGAGUCACGUGAGGUGGUCAGCCAUUCCAACGAUCACGUGAAAUCGGUUGUCGUGUAUUAUCACGUGCGCUGUCUGACUCAGCUCAAGUCCGGAAUCUCUCGGUUCCGUCGGCUGCUCCAUCAAGCAGGACCCGAGGCGUCGAGACGCUACAAGACGAGACAACCGCCAGCCCUUUGCGGCAGAGUUAAAAAAAGCACACGCCCAGCUGGGGGAGUCCUGGACCCCGACUGUCUGGCUGGCCCCGAGAACCAUGGUCGGGACUAACACCACCCUGGGAUCUGGACGGACGGUCGAUGUUGGAUCAUUAGGGAGUGAAAGGGAAAUAUCCUCUUCCCCUGCCCCGUAC